CAUACCACCAGGUGCUACCUCGCCGGAUGGCUAGCUGGUUGGGGUCUUGUUCAAGCAGUCUCAGUCUCAGUUUCAUUUGCAUCAGUACUAGUUAAGCUGGACGAGUGGUCAGUUCUGGGUGUGAAGUUGUUAUCGUACUGAAAGUGCUAGAAAAUUCAAUGUAAAAUGGAUAGAAAGGCAAUGAAAUACAAAUUGCUGCUAGGAGCCAUAGUCAUCUUCCUCGUUCCGUUCAGUGCAGCAAAAGUCAUACGAACAAACACAAAGCUGCCAUUACAGGUCAAAAACACAGUCGCAUCGACGAAUCAAACCAACUUAGAAUUGUUAAAUUCAAGCAAUUUGUUGACAAAACUGAGUAGCAAUGAGAUUGAUCCAAAUGUUCAUCCAAUUGAGAACUCUAGUCCGCCACUUGCCGAAGAGCCAGAGACCCCAAUUACAAAUGAAAUCAUACCAGAAACGCCUGCCGUGGACGGGAAUCUAGAAGUUAGUCCAGAUGUGAAUCCAGAGAAUUCAGAUACAAAUCCUGUUAAUGUCGAUGACCCUAAUCCAAUAAAUAAGUUCUGUAAAUGUAGUGAGUAUUCAUGCGAUUGCUGCCGCAUGUUUGGUUUGCCACUUUUGCCAGUACGUGCCCCAACUUGUGCCAAACUUAAAUAUCUAGGCAAUGAUAAGAUGUCGGUCCAAUUGAAAUACGGUGAUGUGGUGCUGGUUACAAGGACCAUUUCAGGAAAAAAGUCGACUCCCAUUUGCAUUCCCAUGCCUGGAGGAUACAAUCAAUUCUGUGCUCGUGUUUACGGACUCGCCAAAGGAGUAAACGAUUUUAAGGCAUGCUUAGGAUUCGAACUCCGUGCUGACGAUGAAGUUGAAGCACAGCUUCGAGUUUCUUGCUUCCGGUUUGGAGCUCAAGGUUUUUCAGUUGCCGAUUCUGAACCAUUACCAGCUGAAGAUGAGAAGGAUGAAGAAGAAGAUGAUGAUGACUUCUUUGGAUUAGGUGGCGAUGACGACGAUGAUGACGAUGAUGAUGAUGAUGGUGAUGAUCCCGGAGAUGAUGACGAUGGUGUUGGCCUUUUCGAUGAUGACGAUGAAGACGAUGACGCUGAUUAUCCUACAGGACAAGAAUCGCCUGACUAUGGUGGUUUCAGUUUAUUAGACGAAAUCUUCUCCACGGGCGAAAGCAGAAAACGCAAAAACAACUCAAGUCAAAGCAAAAGUUCAAAAGUACCAUCAAAAUCCAACAGCAACACAACACUAACACAAGAUGAAAAAACUGAACAGCAGGAAAUUAAAUCACCGUUAACAAAAGAGGUCAAAAUCGAUGAAAGCAAAUCCAAUGAGGUCAACAGCGACAAAGAAAAGAAAAAAAAGGGCAGUGAAAGUAGCAAUGCGGAUGAUGAUGAAGACGAUGAUGAUGACGACGAUGAUGAUGAUGACGACGAUGAUGAUGAUGAUGACGAUGAUGAUGAGUCCACAGAAUCUGACAAAACCGAGGCUAAUAAGAAAAUUAAAAAAGAGAAACUAUCCACAAUGGAUUACUUUAUAGAUUUCGUUUCAAAAUUAAUGAAACUGUUUUAGGGGUUAAUUAUCAGGGAUUUAUUUUAUUAGGGAGGAAUUUGGCAGAACAAAACAAGUUAAAUUAAAUUUUAACAAUUAAAUUAUUUAUUUACUUAUAUUUUCUUAAGAUAAGAAUAAAUACAUUAUUUAUUUAUUUAUUUAUUUAUUA